UAAUCCUCUACAGAGGGUUGUAUAUAGAGCAGAACCUCAACAAGCUUCUAGUGGACCCUUACGUGGAGAAGUUAUUCUGGAUGACUAACAACGAGAUACACACGAGUGACCUGGAGGGAAAGGGGGUCCGAAAGGACGUGUUUUCCAGCCUAGGAAGUGUCAGGAAUAUCGCUAUGGACCCGUCUGUUCAGAGGUUGUAUCUCCUCGUAGCUGGCGGUGCCCAGGAGUCAUGGAGGCUGGUCUCCUGUAGAUAUGACGGCUCUAACUUACACACCUUCACUGACACUCCCAGUGUGAUCUACGGUCUGGGAGGUUUUCAGGACCGAGUAUUCUGGAUACCUCAUGAGGAGAAAAGCUCAGUGUGGCUAGGGAACGAUGAUUAUCAAUACACCUUCUCAAUCUAUACAAUAAACUCUACAAACCACAGUAACUAUUCAAAACCCUCUCUGAUGCUCUCUUUCUCUGAGCAUGUCUGGAAUCUACGAGUCUAUCAUGAAGAUCUCCAGACACCAAAGAGACAACAAUUAAAGUGAUUUUGGAAAGGCUUUAAGUAAAACGUAACACCCUUGCUUGGAAUACACUAUUGCCAAAUAAACAUGUACUGCAAUAGAACAAUUAAAAAUGAAUAAAAAUAGUUAUUGUAUGACAUGUAAAACAAUUGCUGCUACAUAUUGAUGUUGUAAUAUUGUGGCAUGAUGAUGUUAACUUCGGGAAAGGAUUUACAGGCAAUAAGCUAAUCCUUUCGUAACCAAAUGUAUAAUGUCAUAGGACCAUAAUAACAAUUCAGAAAUAGUAUGUAUACUGAAUAAAAAUGGAUUUAAUUUAUAAACGUCGAAACGUCCAACAAUCAAAUAUUUUGCUGGCGAAAGAACUUUAUUGAUAUACAAUGAUGAUAUGCAAUUAUG